CUCCCGCCAUCCCCGUUUCGGAACAGGUUGGUGGGGCGAAAUAUGUAAUUUUCUGUUUUAGUGCCUUUAUCGAAUUUAUUCGACGUGAUAUUCGACUCUCGUGGAUGCUUCAAGAUACAUACAGUUGUGGUGUAGGCGUUUGGACUGUAGUAGGACUAAAGCCGCGUGUAUGUUGUUGUGUAGUGUGUGGCUUACUGCAUGAUGGCUGCUACUGCUGCCUGGGAGGGAACUGGCCGCCCUCCCACGGAUGAGCUCCAGACUCCCCCUGGUCGCUCAGCUCAGCCUCCCCUGGGAGCUUCUGCUGGCACCACUCCCACGUUGUUGCAUGAUUCUGCACAAAGCACUGCCAAGGAUUCACCUGCUACCGGCAAAAAGGACGUUCGUUCCACUGUGAGAGUAACCGUGAAUUUACCCGUCUCUACACCCACAGGCACCAAGCUGGCUGUGACCACAAGAUCUGAGUCACCUGCGGGGGGUGAAGGUCUCAAGGUGGAGCCUAAGAAUCUGGACCAAGAGAAAGAGAUUGCCCUCAGUCAGCUGCAGGAGUUGGAGGAGGCCAUUAAAGUGCGCAAGGUGACCAAGGUAGACGGGCGGAAGAUACGCUGGAUUGAGUACCGUGCACGCAAGAAGCAGGAAGAGCAAGAGAAAGCGGCAGAAGCCAAAAAGAAGGGCCGCAGAUCGAAAGGCGUUGAGAACAGUGAAAAUGACUCGACCAUUGUAAAUAACAACAACAACAACAAAAGUGAGAGCAACAUGAAAGUCGAGGUAGUGUCACCGCCACUGAGUGUGGUAGGGAGAAGCAAUGUUUUGGAAAGUAUGAAACAACAAUUCUUACAGGGUACAGAAAAUGUUGGUGAACCCAUUGCUAAUGGUAAAACUGACAAUCAAACUGAAACAGUGGAAACAAAUCAGAAAAGAAAAUCUGGGCGGACUAGGAAAUCUGUUAAUGCACAAAAAGGUUCAAGUCCAAAGGGAAACACCCCGAAGAACACAACACCAAAAGGGUCGACGCUAAAGGAGUCAAACGGUAAGGGUGUAAAUCGUAGAAGUGCCACACCAAAAGGGGUAGCAUCUAAAGGGGGACAAAAGGGAACUGUAAAUACUCCAGACAGUUCAGCGACGAAUAGUCCAGUUAUUGUUAACACACCAGCCACUAGUCCACCAGUAACACCGAUCACCCCAGACCAACCACUGUCUGCCACUCUAAAAAAGCCUUUCUUCCCAGUAAGGUCUCUUACAAAGGGACUAAGGGAAGUUAGGAAAGUGGAGAAUGGUGAAAGUCCAAAGAAAUCAGAUGACCGUACACCUAUUCCUGCUUCAUCCCCCAUCACACCAGUAUCAAUUCCCACUUCAACACCUGUUAUAUCUCAGCCAAAGACCGAACCAGGAACCAAAUGUCCUCUCAUAGCAGUAGCUGCGAGAUUGCUUUCCCCUCCUUCUGCUAGGUCAAAGUCCUUAGACAAUGCAAGAAGCAGGAAAGCAAACACAAGAGGUGGAGGCAAGAAGCCUAGUGGCAAAGGUGCAGAGAGGUCAGAGUCUGAACCAAGAAGUAUUAUGAAUGGACAUACCCUUGUGCAGAAUGGACCAUCUGAAGAGGAAGAAUCCAUAUCCUUCAAUGUAUCCUCAUCUGAUGCUGAAGAAAAGUGUACAGAAAUAGUAGAGGAAAAGACAGAAGCAAAUGUAGAACUUGAGUCAUAUCAAAAUACAGAGGUUACACCUGAUGAAAAAGUAAUGGAAGAGAACUUAGAUGUGUCAGUAAAAGAGGAAGAAAUUGAACCCAAGUCUGCAGAUAGCACAGUAGAUGGUGAGUUGCCAGAUCUUGAUAAUUCAUAUGAAACAGAUACUCCAAAUAGAAGAGGUAGAGGGCGACCACCCAAGAGAAAAUAUGGGUCUGUUAAAAGUGCGGAAAGUGGUAUUUCUUCAGGAAAGUCUAGUAAAAAAUUAUCAACUGUGGUCGUAGAUGUCCAUAAUAGCAUGAAUGGUGAGCCACAGACUGUUGUUUCUGCAUCCAAACCUGCUCUGCGUGGAAAGAAGACUUCACCUACAAAGAAAUUGAAAAAAGGAAUAGUUCUUCCAGGGGGCACUGAUACUGAAGAUACCAAAGAUUCAUCCCCAGCAAGUAAAAACCAAGCAAGAUUAUCAGAUGAGAGUACUGAGGACAGUAGUCAAGUGAAAGAUCUUGCAUCUGUUCCUUCAGUUUCUGAUGCCAAAAAGUCAAAAUCCAGUACAGGUAAAAAGCAGACUGUCCCAAUUGUGACAGGAGAGGAAAAGGAAGAUGAUAACACAAGUGCCUCUAUGAGCAAUCAAACACCACAAUUACAAGAAAGCAUUCAAAGUACAAAGUUGGUGAAAGGUGUUCAAAAAGUCAUAAAUCAAGAAGUGCCCUCAGAAGCUGAAUCUGUGACUGCUACUGCUUCUAGCAAUGACUCAAAAUCAGCAAAUAGUGUGAAAGAAAGUGGAGUUCCUACCAAACAGGAAAAUAAAACAGAUGAUGUAGCUGAUGGACAAAUGGUAAGGGAGGGGCUAGGGGUUUCAGAAUCUGAAAAUUUAACUGAGCAGGAAAAUUGCAAAGACAAGAGUGAAAUUCCAGUUGAGAAAGCCAAAAAAGUUUCAAAGGCACAAGUGAAAAAGGGAAGUUCAGUCCCCAAAGCUAGUGUUCAGGUAUCAGGUCUGCAAUUAGUAGAGAGAGAAAACAACACAAAUAAUAAAACUCCAUUGCCUGUUGGGAAGAGUAAAAAGGCACCAAAAGCACAGACAAAGAAGAGUAGCACAGGAUCAAAGGGUACAGUAACACCAAAAGCAAGUGAAAAGAGUAGUCCUGCAAAGAAGAAAGUGGCAGGUCCAUCAAAGAAAGCGAAGUCGCCCAAGAACACCCAGACGCCACAUGCAAAACUGCCUGAGCUAAAUUCAGCCAAGAAGCAAAAACCUGUGAUGGAAGUUGAAACACUACAUAUUGAGCCAAAUGAAUCACCAAUUGUAGAAAGAAAAGCAGAGGUUGACAAUGAAAUAAAAAGGCAAGAGGUAGCUGAGGAAGAAAGUGUAGUUAAUGUAAAUGUAAAGGAAGGCAGUGAAGCAGUAGAAGAAGUGGAAAAUGUGAUAGAAGAAAAACCUGUUGAAUUACAGGUAGUUACAGAAUCACAAGUAAUUAAAGAUACGGAACACGUAAAUAAAGAUACAGAACAAGUAGAUAAAGAGACAGAACAUGUAAAUAAAGAGACAGUGCAAGUAAUGAAAGACACAGAACAAGAAGAUAAAGACACAGAACAAUUGGUUCCUGUAGUUGAAGAAGACAAAAACAAGAAGACCAUAGAAGAGGUUAAGCUAUUAGAGGACGAACCACCUGCAGAAGCUCAAAAGGAGGAACAGCUUAUCCUACAGGAUGAUGUUGAAAUAAAGAGAGAGAAUUUACUGAAGGAGAAUAACAACUUGCCAGAAAAGCAGCCAGAACCUGAAGUACAAAUUAUGUCAGAUGUCCAGGAGAAUUUAACUAUUGUAAAAGUGACAGAGGACACAGUACAGAAAGAUACUAGCAAAGAUGAAAGUAUUCCAGAAAAUCCUGAGGUGUUGGUGGAUAAUCAAGAAGAAAACAUAUCUGAUGAACAAGCCCAAGAGAGUAGUAUUAUACCAAAGCAAAAUGGAAGUAUUACAUCACAAGAUGUAAUAGGAGUAAGUCCUUCAACUACCUCGAUAUCACCAGAAACUAGUGCCUCAAAUGCAAAGUCAAAGGAGAAAGUACCCAGGAUAUUGAAACAACUUCUUCAGGAUGAAGGAGUCCAAAAUAUGCUUAAGAGUAUGGGCGAAGAAUCAAUUACAGCACCAGAGGGAUCACCAAGUGAGUCCAGUGUGCACAAACUUCGUCCAAAAAGGCCAUCAGAACCCAUGCUGUCUUCCUCACCAGAAUUAGAUGUUUUAGAGGCCUUCUUUUCCCCUACAACAAAGAAAAAGAAGCAAAGAAGUGAGGUGGACAAUUUGUAUAUGGAUGAAGGAGUCCUUAACCUAUUAACAAGUCUAGAACCUUAUUCCCGAAGACAGCCUCAUCAAGAUGAUGCUGCCAGUGAUAUUUCCCAAGCCAGUAGCGCCAAGAGUGUAAAAGGAAACAAGUCCUCUAAAGCUGCCUUAGAUGUGCAGGCUGAUGGGAGGAAAAGAAAACUUAGUGGAGCCAGCACUGUAAGCAAUACCUCAACUAGAUCUAUGCAACCUCCAGAGUCUAAGAAACCACGUUUAGAUAACCAAGAAUCCCCCCUUGGAGACCCUUAUGAACUAGAUACAGCAGAGGAAUUCAAGGACCUGUCUGAGAGUCAGGAAACUAGUAAUGUAGAACCAGUUCCUGCUCAGCCAGUAAGGAAGAGGGGAAGGCCAACACUGCCACUAUCUGUGAAGCAAAAGAACAAAGCAAUAAGAAUGCAACUGAAACUCCAAAAGCAGAAGCAGAUGAGGGUGAACUCUGUUGUCAGUGCUCUACUUAGGGAAGAUGAUAAUAUGAACCUGGCACAGAUUAAGGAUGUGCUAAAGAGGGCGAGAGAAGCCUUCAGCUAUCCAUCAGAAGAAGAAGAAGUAGUGACAGAGGAAACACCCACAGGCAAGGCAGUUCCACCAAUAAAGAUUAAAUUAGCUUCCGAAAGUGUAACCAUUAGGCACAUAGCUCGACCAGGACCAGUUCAGGGUCAGCAGACAGCAGCAGCAGCACCAUUGGGAGGUGCAGUGGAUGUACAGGGAAUUAAACCAACACCUAAACCAAUGGCAGUUGAUGCAUCUUGUAGUAGACCCUUAGCUAAAACUGUGACAGAGACUAGGAUAUCGCCAAAGACUUAUGCAGAGAAGACGAGGACCUAUCCAGAACGAAGGACGCCCCCACCACAACAAAGAAGAAUAGAGAACAUCACCAGUCCUACAGCAGCAAGCUUCUCGUCACUAGUGAAAACUUUAGAGGCCACGGGACAACAGAAGAGCAGACAAAGGGCCGGAGGAGAGUCCCUGCGGCAGUCCCAGCGGGCCAGCGUGAGGCAGAGCGAAGGCAGCUAUCACUACAGAGACAUAUCCCUGAGAAAGUUCAACAAUUUCACCCAGAUCAUCUUGUCUCCUUCCACGACAAAGAUGAAAAACGCCUUGAACUCACGGGUCUUGCGAGAGCUCUGUGAGGCCCUGAACAUUCUGAAGAGAGAUGACUCUGUGAGAAUGGUGCUGCUGACUGCCACAGGCUCCACCUUCUGCCAGGGCAUAGAUUUGACAGCUCUCCAGCAUCCUAAUCUAGAGACUCGCAAGAAGAAUGCUGAGAAUCUUGUGAGAGGAAUAAAGGAUUUCCUGAAGGCUCUGGUGCAGUUUCCAAAGCCCAUUGUUGCUGGUGUCAAUGGAAAUGCCAUGGGCCUGGGCGUAACCAUGCUACCUCUUUUUGAUAUGGUCAUUGCUAAUGAUAAGGCCGAGUUUUACCUUCCAUAUGCCAAACUAGGGCAGGUGCCUGAAGGUGGAGCUACAUAUACGUUCCCAAGUAUUUUGGGCAAAUUGCAGUCAACUCAGCUAUUCCUUGGGCAUAAAGUGACAGCUGCCAAGGCUCAGGAGAUGGGUCUGGCCUCAGAGUCCAUUUGGCCUGCAACCUACCAGCAGGAGUUAAUACCCAAGGUGGCUCUCUUGGCCUCACAGUCUGCUCAGAGUAUGGAGGCGACCAAGGCCCUGAUGAACCACCACCUCGUGACGAAGCUGGAGCUGAGCCUCGAGUCCGAGUGCCGCCUGCUCCUCCAGCAGUGGACGUCGCCUCACUUCACUCACCUGUGCAAGCGGUUCCUCGAGUCCCACCACGUGCAGCUGCAGAAGCCCGUCAACCUCCCGCUGUAGUGGCUGCCGUGGGAUGGGGAAAAAACCUUCCACGACGUGUCCCUUGCUAAGAAAACACACUUUUUGGGUGAAAAGGACUGGCUGCGGUCCAGACACUCAUUUUUAUUUUUUUAGUGUUUUGUUUUACUUUUGAAUGGUGAUAGUGAUACCUUUCGGAUCUUGGUGCGCCGCCGCUGUACCCGCGCGCGCUCAAGUGACGAACUCUUUUUGGAAAAAAGUGACCGGCGAUCGGUUUCUCUUCUGACGUGUCUUUAUUAAUCGCGAGUCGGCCGUUGCGUCUGUGAAACGUGGAAACUGUUUUGGCGGCCGCUGGAGAUUCGGUGAUAUUCGUUUCUCUCUCCUUUUUCUUCCGAUAUCGCCCUCGCUGUCGAUCGCUAUAAAAAGAGUGGAAAGGACAGUUUGGUUAAACACUCUUUUUUCUGUCAGAGUGAAUUGAAAAGUUACAUUUAUAUAUAUAUUCAGAGUUUAAAUUCAUUUUGUUUCGCUGCAACAUCAGGAGAGACUUCGGACAACCAAGGCUGACUGAAGACAGACGUAUCAAGGGCGAGUGUGAACAAAACGUUGCCGGAGGAGAGAGAAAGCAACACGCAGCUACUUGCAGGGAAGUCGGAACUCCUAACAAGAUUUUGGACUCUCCUCGGUGCAUCCUGGUGAGAGACAGCAAAAUGAUAAAAUUGAUUCCAAGGAUGCGAACAUAUAAUUGAAAAUUUUGUAAGGAAAAAAAAUAUUGAAGAAAUAACGUGAUAAUAGACUAAUUAUUUGUGACGUCGCUGUUCAAAUGCAGUGGUUUGAGGCCUUUUUGGAACCCCCCCUUUACCCCUCCUCGGUGGCAGAACCCCCCCAGUCCACCUCGAGGAUCAUGUACAGUGUACAGUUAACCACUUGGUCGUCCUCAGCUAAAGUGGAUAUAUUUAAUAAGAUAUUUCUAUAGUGCCCAGCAACUAUACUAGGUUCAGUAUGAAAAGUCUCUUUUUUUCCAUGUAAGGUGUUUUAGUGUAUCGGAAUGUCAGUUUAUGCAAAUUUCUUAAGAGAAAAUAUAUUAAAAACAAUAAUUUAAAAAGCAACAUUCUCAUGCACUUGACACUCGUGUAAAUAAUAGGACUCAAUUGUGCACAAGUUAUAUUUUCAUGGGAAGUUAUUUUAUCGGAUGUGUUUUUGUACAUCUUUCAAAUGAAGUUACAAGUGUGUGAUUUUGUAGUUGAUUUUUAUAGGAUAAAAGUUGUUAAAACAAGUACAACCUAUACAACUAUGACAGUCCUUCAAAUUUUUGUCAUUGAAUGUGAAAUCUCAUGCAAUGAAAGUUAUUGAAUUUGAUCAAAUGAUUUAUUUUAAUACCAUACCAUAAAUGUUCACGAAAUAUUUACUUGUAAGAAUAUGACUUGAUGAUGUGUAAGGGAAGUGACUUGCAUCAGUGGAAAACUUUUGCGUUUCUUAAUUUAUGUAAAUAUUUUAGUUCCCCCCCUUUCUUAAUCCACCCCCCCCCCCUUCUUCACCCUCUCCCCUCACCCCCCCUCCCCUUAUGAAGAACUUGUUUUAAAUGAAUUAGAAAGAAAAAAAAAAAGAUACUGCUAUUUAUCCUCCCAAUAUGUAUGUUUGUGUUUCCAAGUCUCCUAUAUUAUUAUUUUUUUUUCCUGUAUUUAGCCUAGUCAGAUACCCAAAAUAUCAUUUACUUCAGCUGUGUAUUGAUUACUCGACGUCCUGUGACUCUGGUCGGACGCUGUUUUAAACUAGUUAUUGUUCGGGGCAGAGUUGAUCGGAUUGUGCUCUUUUUAGUUUUGAUUUCCUUCUCUUUCUCUCGCAUUCUUUUUUUUUUCUUUUUUUUCUUCCUUUCUUUCUUUCUUCCAUUUCUCUCUUUCCUUUUCUUUGUCUUUGUUCCUUUUCUCGUUCUUUCUUCCUU